UCUCUCUCUCGCUCAGACUCGCAAGCCUCAGUGUGUGCCGAGAUGUGCGGGGGUAAGGAGCGUGUGUCUGGCCUCCUCGCCACGCUGGAGAAACGUGGGAUUGACUUAGCCACUCUCAACGCCCUGCCCGCCUACCAGAAACUCCUGCAGAAGCGCGCGCCGCCCCUAGACGAGAACGACAACAAGAAGGAUGCCAAGCGGAAGGCCAAGGGGAGUGACAAGUGUCUGAAUGGCUCUGUGAAUGCUGAAGGAGGCGCUGAAGUGGGCGGAGGAAAAGCGCCACGUGGGUUCUGCUACGCGUUACUGGUUUGUCUCCUGAGCGUGGCGGUGGCGGCGGUGUACCACUACGAACUGAACACCCACCAUGGCUUCGCGAGGUUCUGGCUACGAUGGGAGAAUGUGGAUCUCAACGCUGAGCAGUGCACGAUAGAUAUGCCAGCCUCUGUGCAGGACGUGUUCAGGCCGCCCGUGGAGUGUGGGAUGUGCAAGGACGUGGUGGAGAUAGAGAGAGUGCACACCAUCACCCCCCAGCAGUUUGAGGAAAGGUACGCGUACAGUGGGCGGCCCGUGGUGGUGACGGACGGGCAGAGGAACUGGUCAGCGCCUCACACCUUCUCCUUCACCUUCUUCAAGUCCAUCUACGCAGACGACUCCCCCGUGCUGGAGAACUUCGAGCGGGACUGCCAGUUCUUCCCCUACCAGACCGAGUUCCGGAACCUGCGCCACGUGUUCAACAUGACCCCGGAGAGGGCGGCUAUGCGCGGCGACCCCUGGUACAUUGGAUGGAGUAACUGUGACUCCUCCGCCGCCAACAUCCUGAGGAACCAUUACGAGAGGCCCUACUUCCUGCCCCAGGCCGCCGAAUCCUCUAAGACAGACUGGAUCUUCAUGGGCACGCCGGGCUAUGGGGCGCACAUGCACAUCGACCACGUGGGCAACCCCUCCUGGCAGGCGCAGAUAAGAGGCCGCAAACUCUGGACCCUGGAACCCCCGCCCGAGUGCUUCUUCCAGUGCGUGGGUCUGGAAGUGGUGGUGGAGCCCGGAGAGAUCAUUGUUCUGGACACCAACAUCUGGUACCACAAGACACUCAUUGUAUCUAACGAGCUGAGCAUCACUAUUGGGUCUGAGUACGACUAGACGCUGCCACGACCACCGCCACGACCAGGAACAAGGCCAAGACGAAGAAGAAGAGGGAGAAGAAGAGGAAGGCGAAGAAAAGGACAAGGAACAAGGGGGAAGGGAAGAAAGGGAAAGCAAGAGAAAAAAUUAAAAAGACAGGAUGUUACCGAUAUUACGUGACACAGCGUAGGAAAAAGAAAGAUUUUAUCAAUAUUACGUUACAGGAAGGACAGGAUAUCAUGCGUAGGUGAAGAAUUCUGGGUAAAAUAAUCGCUUAGAGGGUUCACACACAGAUACUGGAAGCAUGAAGGAAAUGUUUAGAGAAUACGCGAAGGGUUGUGCAUGAAAUGAAUUCCAGUUGCGAUGAAUUAAAAUGAAGACUUGAAAAAUGCAUAUAAGUGAAGAUUUCAGGAUAAAAACAGGCGCUUAAAGGCUACAUGGAAACUGGUAAUACGAGAAAAAUACUUAAAAAUAACAAAAAUACACGAAGGGAAAUGCAUUAAAAAGAACUCCAGCGGCGAGAAAUUACAUGAUAAAAAUACAAAAAUGCAUGAAAAGGAGAAAUGUAAGAAUGCGGAAAAUAAAUUACAGAAUGCAUAAACAGACAGUAGAUGCAUUAAGAGGGAAACACAACGGAAAAAAAAUACAAGAAAAAGAAAAAAUGUAAAGAAGGAAAGAAAACAACACAUCCUGAAAACAAAAAAAAAGAGAACGAGAUAAUAGAAAGAAUAAAAAAACGGAGACAUGAAGAGGAAGGAAAGGAAAAUACACACUAAACUCGAAUAAGUGGAAAGAGGAAAAGGCGAAGCGAAAGAAAAAGAGAACAGCGGAAGCCAUAAUACAGGGGAAGCAGGAUGGAGAAAAGAGAAAGAGAGAAUGCAAUAAAGCAGAACGGGGAUGAAAGAAGGGAGACGAAACAAAAUGCAAAAUAAAGCGAACAGUAAUAAAUGGAGAGAGAAAGAAAAUGGAGAGAGAUAACGAUACACUGCACUGAAAAGGAGGAAGAGAAGAAGAGGAAGAAGACAAACAAAAGACGUAGGAGAAAUAGAACAAUGAAAAUAAGAAGAAAAAGAAGAAAGAAGAAAAAAAGGGAAAAGAGAGAGAGAGCAAUUAACUUCAUAGGGAAUAAAAAUGUUUAGAAAGCAAAUUUGGGAAGAAAACGGUGAUGUUUUUCAUAUUUCAAGGGGGAGCUGUUAUAAUCUAUAUCGGAGUAGGGGGAAAGAGAGAGAGAGAGAGAGAGAGAGAGAGAGAGAGAGAGAGAGAGAGAGAGAGAGAGAGAGAGAGAGAGAGAGAUCCCCGUCAUUAAUUUCAUGUUACUGUUAACGACAUUCUCUCUCUCUCUCUCUCUCUCUCUCUCUCUCUCUCUCUCUCUCUCUCUCUCUCUCUCUCUCUCUUAAAGUUCCUGUGUUUCAUUAUAUUAUUACCUUAUUUCAUCUAAUUUCGUUCAGUUUGCAUUCAGUUCAGCGUAGUAUUAUAUUCCAUCACUUUUUACAAUGUUGCAUUUCAUCACCACCCCCAGUUACGCCACAUUUCUCAUCCACAUGUAUCGUUUCUCCCUUUUUAUUAACGCAACACAAACGCCACAUUUCAAUUCCCAUUUCUCUUUGCCUGACUUUUUUUAAUUAUUUUUUUUUUCUCAUCAUUGGAAGUGUUUGUUUGUAUUACUUUUUUUUUUGCUUUACUUUUUUUACUUUCUCUCGUGACAUGAUUUCUCUUUAUUUUUAUUUUAUUUUUGGUGCUUGUGUGCGUGUGUGUGUGUGUGUGUGUGUGUGUGUGUGUGUGUGUGUGUGUGUGUGUGUGUGUGUGUGUGUGUGUGUGUGUGCUCAGUCAUUACUUCCUCUGUAAUUCGUCAAAUGUCACUCGCUUUGAUACGAAAACGAAAAGAAAAAAAAAAGAAAAAAAAACGGCUUUACCACUCAAUACGUGCGCAUUUAUGAGGUGCUGAGUGAAACAUGACGUGAUGUGUUGACUGUAGGUGUGACAGGUGAGCGCGUGAACAGGUAACUCCCAGGUGACUAAAGGUAACAUAAGCUCCAACAAGCCAAUAGGCCUACACGUUGCAGUCCCUGAUAUGAUGGAAUUGGACACUUUUUUUUUUACGCCUACCUACACUAACCAUCAGACUUACAUACAUAAAUACCUUUUACUAACCUGAAAUAUACCUGUGAUUAAAUUUCUAGUCGUAAGUUAAAAAUACACACACACACGUAUCCCAGUCGUGUGUGUGUGUGAGUGUGUGUGUGUGUGUUGUUUUCCUCAUCCCAUACAUACGUAGUGCAGUAAAUAUGUAUACAGUAAUUAGUUAAGGUAUGUGUAUCUCGUCUUAGGUGUGAUCUAUAUUUUUGCAACAUUAAAAAGAGAACGCUGGCAUCAA